AUGUCGUCGUUACCAGUGUCAGCUGCUGACGAAAAUAUACCAUCAGCAAUGGCAAAUGUUAAAUUUUCUCGUGUAGCACUUAAACCUGGUGGACAUAAAUCAGCUCAAUUAGCUUAUUUUGAUCAAGAUGAAGAUGUUGGGCAAGCAAUGCAAACAAUAUUUCAAGAUAAAAUGUCGGAUGUACCAUCACCAAAAAUAAUUAUUGUACUAGAAGGUGGUAUUAAUAAUUCUAGUGAACGAUCCAAUGAUUUCAAUGAAAAACAAUUCUCAACAUCAGUUGCAAAAUUACUUCUAGAUAUUGGACGAAAUAAAUUGAGUGAUGACCAAGGUGCUCCAUGGUUAUUUAGUAACCUUCGACAUGAUUCAGUUGCUGGACGUAUCAUUCAAAUAACAAGACAACAAUAUUUAGCUAAUGAUAUACCAUUAUCACGGUUUGUUACAAUUGGUAUUGAUGUUUGUUCAUCUGUUUUGUUAGAAGAAGCUCCGUAUGAUUAUCAAACACUUGUUGAUGCAAUUUCGGAUAAAUCUCAAGAUAAAAUAAAAAAUGAAUUAAUAACAAAUAGUUGUACAAAUUCAAGUCGUAUAUUAAAUAAACGUUUAUCACGUGUUAUUUUAUAUGGAAGAAAACAAGAAGAUUUAACUGAUCGACGUACAAUAUUACAAAAAUGUGUAGAAGAAAUAGGACGAGUACGAGAUAAUGAUAAAAGUGAAAGUGUUAGUGUACCAAAAAUAAUGUUACUCUACGGUGGUGAUGUAGAUAAUGUUGAACCAAUUCAUCGUUUAUUAAAUGCUGAAAUUGAUCGAAGAAAAUUUGGUCUGGUUAUUAUUCGAGGUUCUGGUGGAUUGGCUGAUAUACUUGCUUGGGUUUGUGAUAAGAUUCGAGGUGGUGGAACAUGUACACAAGGUUCUGAACAAAAUCUAUUAACACCAACAUUUCUUCGAGAAUUAAAAGUACUUGUUAAUCAAUUACUUGGCAAUGAUUUAACUGAUGAUUUAAUAAAAUUAAUCACUUAUUUGGCAGUAACUCGAUGUAAAAAAAUACGUGUUUGUGAUGAAGAUGAUGAUCUUUCUUUAUAUCUUCUUGAAGCAUUAGUAACAGCAAAUCAAAAUCAACGUUUAUCAUCAUUAAAAUUACAUCUGUCAUUAGCUUUUGAUUUAAAUCAACCAAAAUUUGCAAGUCGAAUGUUACGUGCAAAUCAAGAUAUGCCUGAAGAAGAUUUAAUUCAAUUAGCUAAAAUGGCAAUCAUACGAGAUCAAGUAGAAUUUCUUCAUGUAUUAGAAGAUACUUGUGGUAUCACAUCAGAUAAUCUUGGCGAAAAAUUUGAAUGUGAAUUAAGUACAAAAAUGAAUUAUAAUCAUAAUCUUUUUCUUGAAUGUAUUCAACAAGAUUUUGGAUGUGCUCUGGAUGAAAUUUAUCGAUCAGCUGAUGAAAAUAAUGAAACUGCAGAAGAUGAAAUACAAUCAAUUAAUGUCAAAUUAUUUUUAUGGGCAGUAUUUUUUGAUCAUUAUAAUUUAUCAUUACACUUUUGGAGACGUCUCAAUGCAAGUUGUUUCAUGAUCUUCACAUGA